AUGCUCAAGCUCAAACUAGCAAACCCUACCAUUCUACGUCUCCAAGCAUCAAGGAUGUCCCUCUCUACCACCACGGCUGCCUCCCAGCAACAAUACAGAAUUGAAACGGACUCAUUCGGUGAGAUCAAAGUGCCCGCAGACAAGUACUGGGGUGCACAAACGCAAAGAUCCUUCCAAAAUUUCAAGAUUGGUGGAUCCAGAGAACGUAUCCCUGACCCUAUAAUAACUGCCUUUGGUAUCUUGAAGAAAUCUGCCGCUAUAGUCAAUGAAUCCCUCGGGACGUUGGAUCCAAAGGUUGCUGACCCAAUCAAGAAGGCUGCUGAUGAAGUUGUACAGGGGAAAUUGAAAGAUCAUUUCCCAUUAGUCGUGUUCCAAACAGGGUCGGGAACACAGACAAAUAUGAACGUUAAUGAAGUCAUCUCUAAUAGAGCCAUUGAAUUGGUGGGUGGGAAACUAGGUUCUAAGCAAAUCCAUCCAAAUAAUCAUUGUAAUCAAUCACAAUCAUCCAAUGAUACUUUCCCCUCCGUCAUGCAUAUUGCCGCUGUCUUGGAAAUUACAAAUUCAUUGAUCCCAGAAUUGACCAAGUUGAAAGAUGCAUUGGAUGUAAAGGCAAAGGAAUUCGCUGAUAUUGUUAAGAUUGGUAGAACUCAUUUACAAGAUGCUACUCCAUUGACCUUGGGACAGGAAUUUAGCGGAUACGUACAACAAUUGGAAAAUGGGAUUUAUAGAAUUGAAUCCUCCCUGUAUCAUUUGAAAUUCCUUGCACAAGGUGGGACCGCUGUCGGAACAGGUUUAAAUACCAAGAUUGGUUUUGAUAAAUUGAUCGCAGAGGAAGUCUCUAAAGAAACAGGUAUUGAAUUUAAGACGGCUCCAAAUAAAUUUGAAGCUUUAGCUGCUCAUGACGCUAUUGUAUUUGCUAGUGGUGCCUUAAAUACCGUUGCCGGCUCUCUUUUCAAGAUUGCUCAAGAUAUUAGAUAUUUGGGUUCAGGUCCACGUUGUGGUUAUGGUGAAUUACAAUUACCUGAAAAUGAACCUGGUUCAUCAAUUAUGCCAGGGAAGGUUAAUCCUACUCAAAAUGAAGCCAUGACUCAAGUUUGUGUGCAAAUUAUGGGGAAUAAUCAAACUAUUUCCAUUGCUGGAUCUCAGGGACAAUUCGAAUUGAACGUCUAUAAGCCAUUAAUGAUCGCUAAUUUAUUGAAUUCCAUUAGAUUGAUGACAGAUGCAUGUAAAUCUUUCAGAAUUCAUUGUAUCGAUGAUUUAAAGGCAAAUAAGGAUAAGAUUAAUGAAAAUUUAAAUAAAUCAUUAAUGCUAGUGACAGCUUUGAAUCCAAAAAUUGGGUAUGAUGCAGCAUCGAAGAUUGCCAAGAAUGCACAUUUGAAAAAUAUUACUUUGAAAGAAUCUGCCUUGGAAUUGAAAUAUUUAACCGCUGAGGAAUUUGAUGAAUGGGUCGUCCCAGAAAACAUGAUUGGUCCAAAACCAUAA